CGUUUCCUGGCUGGACAGUCAGCGAGCCCAAGCUUUAGUCUUCUAAUGUGGGCAGUCCCCACAGUAGACUCACAGAGAACCACAGAAGACCCCUCAAUCCUUAUAGCACCUCUCAGCCUGCUUCCUCCUGGCCUGGAACAAUGGCUCUGCCUAUAGACCCCACAGAGGAGCCAAGGAUGUACCAACAGACCCUGUUGCAGGAUGGUCUAUACAACCUACUGGAGAAUGACAAGUUAGUGGACUGUGUCUUGAGGAUCAAAGACAAGGAGUACCCUUGUCACCGUCUGGUCCUUUGUGCCUGCAGCUCCUACUUCCGUGCUUUCUUCCUGUCUGACGUGGAUGAGAGCAAGAAACGAGAGAUUGUUAUGGAUGACGUGGAGCCUGGUGUCAUGGGGUUGAUCCUGAAUUACCUGUACACCUCCAUCAUUAAUGUCAAUGAGCAGAAUGUCCAAGAAAUCUUCUCUGUGGCCAACCUACUACAGAUCCCAUCCAUCUUCACAGUGUGUGUGUCUUUCCUCCAGAAGCGUCUGAGCCUUAGUAACUGCUUGGCCAUCUUUAGACUGGGUCUAAUGCUGGACUGCCCUCGUCUGGCAAUCUCUGCUCGCAACUAUGCUUGCGAACGCUUUCAGCUCAUUUCACGAGACGUGGACUUUCUUCAGCUGGGUGCUAGUGAACUGGCAGCCAUUUUGACAUCAGAUACACUGGAUGUGGAGACAGAAGAGAAUGUAUAUGAAGCCUUGAUGAGGUGGGUGGCUGAAGAUGAAAAGAAUAGGUUGAAAGACCUUCCAGGACUACUGGACUGUGUGCGUUUGUGUCUGGUCACUCCAGAGUACUUUACAGAGACAGUAGAAAAGAAUGGAUGGAUCAGCUCUGACUCUGGGAUCCAAAAGAAGAUUCAGCUUGUCAGGGACGCCCGUGCAGGAAAUCUGCCAGAGACCAAGAAAAUGAAACUGAAGAAAUCCGAAGAAGAGGAUAAUGCUGGAGAAGGGAAAGAGGGAGUAAAGGGAGAAGAGCAAGAGGAUGAAACGGAUGAGGAUUUACUUCCAGGCAUCCUAAAUGAUAACCUGCGGUUUGGCAUGUUUCUUAGGAACCUGGUGUUCAUGAUCAGUGAGACAGGUGCCAUGGCCUAUGACCCUACAGGAAAUGACUGCUAUGUGGCGUCACUAUCCACGCAGGUCCCUAAAAAUCAUACCAGCUUGGUCACCAAGGAAAACCAGAUUUUUGUAGCAGGAGGACUGUUCUUUGAUGAUGAAAAUAAGGAGAACCCACUUAGCUCCUAUUUCUUACAGUAUGACCCUGUUGGUGCUGAUUGGCUGGGCAUGCCCCCAAUUCCCUCUCAACGAUUUCUGUUUGGGCUGGCUGAAGCAGAGAACUCCAUCUUUGUCGUCGGAGGGAAAGAACUAAAAGAGAAGGAUGAAACUCUGGACUCUGUCCUGGUUUACGACAGACAGUCCUUCAAAUGGGGAGAGUCGGACUCCCUGCCCUACCCAGUUUAUGGGCAUGCAACUGUAUCGCAUAACAAUAUCAUCUAUGUGAUUGGAGGAAAAACAGACAGCAAGAAAUGCCUGAGAACAGUGUGUGCAUAUGAUGCCAAACGGUUUGAGUGGACGGAGCUUGCACCGAUGAAGCUGGCCCGCUCCCUCUUUGGGGCAACUUUCCACCAGGACAAGAUUUAUGUGGCAACAGGUGUCACCAACACAGGACUUACAGACACAAUCGAAGUCUAUGACAUUGCUUCCAAUAAGUGGUCAGAUUUUGUGCCCUUCCCCCAGGAGAGGAGUUCUCUAAACUUGGUGUCUGUGGCCGGGACACUUUAUGCUGUGGGUGGUUUUGCAAUGUUGCCUGUUGAAAAUAGUGAAGAGUUCCUCCCUAAUGAGAUGACCGAUAUAUGGAGGUAUGAUGAGGGCGAGAGGAAGUGGAAUGGUAUCCUGAGAGAGAUCCAGUACGCUUCAGGUGCCACCAUCCUGGGAGUCCGUCUCAACACCCUGCGUCUGACCAAGAUAGGAUCCUCUCUUUCAACUGGCUUAUCACCUGCCUAGAAUAUUGAAAUAGAGGGACUUAGAGACACAGAUACAGAUACUAGGAUAUGUGCCUUAAUGCUGGGUGAUAACAUGUAAUGUGAAAACUACAAACUGGACUGUUUCAGUGCCAGAGUUUCAUCUACUGUAUUAUUGGCAGAUACAUUAAUCUGAUGUUCAUUUAUGUGACUGGAAGUGACAUUUGUGACAACCUUUCAUUUGUUGCUUGAUUUUGCAUUCAUUACAGAUGUGAAACAGGCUUUUUAUAUUUGUUUGCAUUUCUCAUGAAUUAAAUUGGAUGUUCUUA